GCAGUUCAGCCCGAGCAGCUGCUGGAGCUACAAAGUCUUCUUUCCUCUUCUGUCAGGAUGGGUGUGAUACAGCUUCCCAACUUCUCUAGGAUCCUGUGUUUUUCUUUUCACAUUAUUCUCAUUCUGCUUCAACAGACUACUGCAGCACGAGAACUGAAGUUUGUGGUUGUACUUUUCCGACAUGGUGACCGAACACCAAUUGUAAACUUUCCAACUGAUCUACACAAAGAAAGCGAAUGGCCCCAGGGAUUUGGACAACUCACCAAGACUGGAAUGCAGCAGCUAUUUGAACUUGGACAGUACAUGAGGAAACGAUAUUCCAGCUUCCUGAACAGCACAUACAACCGGCAAGAGUUUUACAUCCAAAGUACAGAUUAUGAUCGCACCAUUAUGAGUGCCCAGUCAUAUCUUUCUGGCCUCUUUCCACCAACUAGCAGCCAAAUUUGGAACCCUGAGCUUCUCUGGCAACCCAUUCCAGUUCAUAUUUUUCAAAAAACAACAGAGCAGAGGCUGAAUUUUCCUCUUCCAAACUGUCCCCGUUUUGAUGAACUUCAGCAUGAAACACAAACAUCUAAAGAAUUUCAAAAUAGAAUACAACCGUACAUGGAUUUUUUACAAACAAUGGCAGUUAACACAGGAUUUGAACUAAAUCACCUUAAAAUACUGGACAAUUUCCAGCUUUGGAAUACAUAUGAUACUCUACAUUGUGAGGGUAUUCACAAUUACACUCUCCCUGCAUGGGCCACUGAAGAUGUAAUCAACAAGAUGGAGAAACUGGCAGAAUUGUCUUUACUCUCAUUAUUUGGGGUUUAUAAAACAGAAGAGAAAUCACGACUACAAGGAGGUGUCCUUGUGAAUAUUAUUUUAAACAGUGUUAAACAAGCUGUCAAUUCUUCAGCACCAAGAAAAAUGGAUGUCUACUCUGCACAUGACACAACAGUUGGGGCCCUCCAGAUUGCUCUCAAUAUUUUCAAUGGAAAACUGCCACCAUAUGCUGCAUGCCAAUUUUUUGAGCUCUACAAAGAAAGCAAUGGGCAAUAUAGCAUCGAAAUGCAUUAUCGGAACGACACUUCAAAGGAUCCUUAUCUCCUCACUUUGCCAGGGUGCACCUCUUCUUGUCCACUUGAGAAGUUUGCUGAACUAGUUUCUCCUGUGAUUACAGAAAACUGGUCAAAAGAAUGUGGGAAGAAAGACAAAAUGAAAGAUAUUUUUAUCGGAUUUAAUGUUGCUGUUGGCUUGUUGUCCAUUUUUAACCUUGGACUGCUCUACCUCCUUUAUCACUAUGGUCUCUGCAGGCGCAGAAACAACUACCAAGACAUUUAAAGUGGAGGUAAAAAAAAAUGAAAGAAAGACCAGCUAGACAUCAAUGAAUACUUGAAGUUGCUGGUAUCCAUCAGUUUGCUCUGGUCAAAAUAAUCUCCAAAGUAUAUUUAAUAAACUUGAACAGCUCAGGUAUCUGUGGCCUAGCUUCUAAAAUUCUAUACAUCUGCAGUGAGAAAUACUGUAGAAAUACAUUAGUCUAGGAAUUACUGGAUGAAUGGAAUUACUGCAAUUUAUAUCUUUAUUCUACUACUACUAUUAAUCAGCCUUACAUCAACCAGUGGAGUGAAGGAAUACUAUUGUCUAUGGUUUUUUUAUAUUGCCUAUCACCAUUUAGCCCUCUGCUGCUCAACAAGUCUUUCUUCAAAACUGCAUUCUGUAAUAUUUACUUUACUUCCUAUGAAUAGCUAUUUUGUUGAUGCACAGGAAAAUAGUUUUAGUGAGCAGAAGUUGCAAUUACUGUAUGAAAAAGACUCAUACCAGCAUUUGGACAUACUGUUUCUGCAUUUAUUCAUGUAAAUUUCUGCAUGAGUUUUAACCUUGGCCUUCAGCUAAUGAAAGUCUUCAGCCUGCUCUUUAAAGGAGUUACCCCUCUGUAGCUCUUACUGAAAUCAGAAGAACUGGGAUAAUCUGUCACAUAUCCAGGCAUCAAUCAAGAAGCUUAGUGCAACAGCAACUUGGUCAGUGUCUGUAACUUCAAAAAUAUGGAUAAGUAAAUAUAUUAAAAUAUAUUUUCUGUUGCUUCACUGUUUUCCUAUUUUUCUGAGCUCCCAGUCAUGGAUGAUCCUUUCCCCUGCAUUUCUUUGAGCCACUCUUAAUAUAAUUCCUCAAGCUAUCACUCUCUUCAUUACCUUUUAUUUUAAAUCACAAUAACUCCUUGCUCUGUUCACAAUCCUAUAUGUUAGAAAGAUGUAUACUAAAAGUAAGAAAAAAACUAAUCUGCUUUUUGUAUGUUGAUAUUUUCUGUGCAAUAUAUUUUGUUUAGAUUGUAAGCUUCUAAUGUCAGGGAAUGUGUUUCUGUAACUGCUCUUGAGUGUCACAAACUAUAUGCAUAAUAAGCACUAAUAUUGCUGAAUAAAAUCCUACUUAUUGUUA